AUGUGGAAUAUUUGUUUGAAACGCUUAUCAUUUAUGAUAUUUUCUCGACGAACAUUAGCAACAAAUAAGAACUCAAUUAUGGAGAAUGUCAUAGAGCGUCUAUCGAUGAAUUAUAAAAAAGAAUUAGAUCAAUUGAAAAUAAAUGAAAAUGAUAGUCCAAUUGAAAGAAUUCAAUAUCUUAAAACAAUUUUACAAACAAUGAAAUUUCGGGAAAAAAUUCUUCAAGAUAUCGAUGAAACACAAAAACUUUCAAAUGAAAAUCAUGAUGAUGAUAUUUCACAAAUGGCCACCGAUGAACUUGUUCGUUUACGAACAAAUUUAAAUUCAAUCGAUAAUGAAAUUCUCGAUCAUGUUUUACCAGAAGCUCUCGCUGAUAAAGAUGAUGCUGAAAUUGAAGUUGCUGCUGGUGUCGGUGGCCAAGAGGCUAUGUUAUUUGCUAAAGAACUAUUUCAAAUGUAUUCAAAUUAUGCGAAUUUUCGAAAAUGGUCUUUUGAAAUAGUUGAAUACGAUAAAACUGAUAUUGGUGGCCUUCGUCAAGGAAAAGCAUUUAUCAAUGGUUUAAAUGUAUUUAAAAGUUUGAAAUAUGAAUGCGGAGUACAUCGGGUACAACGAGUUCCACAAACUGAAAAAAGUGGAAGAAUUCAUACAAGUACAGUGAUGGUCGCUGUUUUACCACAACCGAAAGAUAUUAAAAUCGAACUGCCUGCUAAAGAUUUAUUAGCUGAACCUAUUCGAGCACGAGGUCCAGGUGGUCAACAUGUGAACAAAAGUGAAUCUGGUUGCCGUUUGACACAUUUACCAACUGGAAUUGUUCUUGAACGGCAAGAUGAUCGUUUUUUUAAUCUAAAUAAAAAUAUCGCCAUUAAAGCAAUGAAAAACAAACUCUAUCAAAUGCAAUAUGAUGAACAACAAGAACGAUUGUUUCGAACACGUAAACAACAGAUUGGCAGCGGAAAUCGAAAUGAAAAAAUUCGCACAUAUAAUAUUCCACAAAAUCGUAUCACAGAUGAACGUCUCGAUGAAAAUGCUCAUCAUGUUGGUGAAUUUCUCGAUGGAACUCAUCGUUUACAUUCGAUGAUUGAACAACUUAAACAACAGGACAGAUUACAACGUUUAAUUGAACUAACUAAUAAAUCGGAAAAUUAA